UCACCCAAAACGCCGCCAUUUUCCUUGUUGUAGGUGCCUCAAAUGUCAUAAUAAUUUCAAUUUCCAUGUAAAAUAGAAUUUUGUUUCAUUUUUUAAGUUAUUCAAUAAGUUAAUUUAAGUGUUUUGCAACGUAUGAACGUAUUUGUAAGUUAUCAUAUUGUGUUCGUUCGUGUAUAUUGGUCUCGUGACAGUAGUUCAAGUUAGUCGUCAUUUCAAGGAUUCUCAAUGUCCUACAAUGAGGAUCAUCUUCAUAAAAGGUAGCAAGAACAUUCCGCCCACAGCGAGAGGAUAAAACCUAUGUUUUUGUGUUCAUAUGGUGAUGAGAACGCGAAGAGUGGUGAAAGUGCGCGUAUAUUGAUGGGACAAUGAGCGAUUCCCCAGGCGUGGAGUGGCUCCCCGCGUUCAGCCCUGGCCCGCCACGCCACAGCCCCCUAGGCCCUAUCCCGCGGUUCCUGUACGAGGAUGUGCAACCUCUCGGCCUGCAGCAGGAGAACAAUAACAAGGAGGCGGAUCAGAAAGAAAACACGAAUAAAAUCAAACACGCGAAGCCCGCGUACAGUUAUGCCAGUAUGAUCAGGCUAGCAAUCAGCAGUUCUCCAAACGGCAAGAUGACGCUCAACGAAAUAUACACGUACAUAUGCAACGCUUUUCCUUAUUACAAAGAGGCCGGCAAAGGAUGGAUGAACUCAAUAAGGCACAACUUAUCUCUGAACAAGUGCUUCAUGAAGGUGGCGCGCAGUAAGGACGACCCCGGCAAGGGCUCCUACUGGGCGAUGGACACCAGCUACAAGAUGGCUGAGGUCGCGCCCAGGAGACGCAGGAGUUUAAGGAUGGCCCCAUACAGUCCAGAGUGCAGCUCGAACAGUAGUGGCGAGGCCGGUGGCGUGGCGGGGGUUGACGCCGCCCCCACGCCGCCGCACACGCCCACCACGCCCUCCGCCCCCACCACGCCCACUGACACCAACACGCCUGCUACUGUCAAGGAGGAACCUGUUGUUAAAGAAGAACCAGAUUCAAAGCACACAGACGAUGCACUAUCAGCGCUUAUGAACGAGGAACUGAUGACGGACGUCGACAUUAUCAGUGAGCGUGCGUGGUGCCUGGGUCGGCGGCGGCACGUGUGCGGCGCGCUGCACAGCUCGCUGACGGACGACUACGGCAACUUCGUCGUCACGCGCUUCGACUGCGACUGCCCCGCCGAGCCCGACCUGCCCGACCCCGCCCCGCCCGCCCCCGCCCCCGCCGCGCCCCUCACGCCCGUGUCCCCGCUCGCGCCCUACGCGCCGCCGCCCUACUGGCACAACGAGAUUUUAUAACACCCGACGCACCCGCACUGACUCCCCCAGCUCCCCACUCCCCGCAUAUCACGUUCGUGUGACGUCAAUUGUUUCCCCCAGUGUCGCACUGUGUCGUCCAGUCGAUGCGUCGACUACACUAUAUGAAACUUGACGUAGACUAAGAGCAAAAUAUUAUAGUAAGCAUGGUUAGAUGUUACGGAUUGUACGCAAAACUUUUGAUCAAGUUUGAAAGAUAUGUUAAAUACUAAUAUCUUAAUUAAUAAUUAUAAUCUUUAUAUAAAAAUUACUUGUUGCAAAAAACUUGGUCAAAUAAAUUUUGCUCGUUUGGAUUGAAAAGUUAGCUUGAAGUUUAAUAGCUAGGGAAUAGGAAAUGUGUUCGAAUGAAGCUUGCCAUUUUUGACACGUUUUGAAAUUUAUAUACUUAACUGUGGUACACGACGGAGGAACCUAAAAAAAUAUACAAAUAUUGCUUGCAAGCCAGAAAAAUUAUUCAAUCAACAAAAACAGAACAAUGCAAUUUUAUGCAAGAAAAUCAAAUUAAAAUUCACAGUCCUUAAUCUCCGUCGUAGCCACGUGUAAAAAAAUAUAUACUCUAUAUAAACACGUAAAUAUACGUAAGUAUAUAAAAAGUUUUAUACCACAGACUUUAACAGAGAAAUAUUAUCAGAUCACCAACAUAUCUGUAAUUACGAAUAUAUAGCGUAGCUUAGUUACCUUAGGCAGGGAAAUGUAUUGUAAGCGUCGUAUGUUGUGGCAGAUUCCAUGCACCGCAGGCAAUGUGUGGCUACCUCGUAGGCACCUUGGAUGUGCUACCUUCUGUGUUCUUGUAUAUGGCAGCAAGUGAAACGAAAUCAAAUGUCUAUUGUACAGUUUUUGCAAGUAUAAUUCCGAAGGUAGCUUAUCCAAUACAAUCGGACGAUGUAAUAAAUAUAUGUCAGUAUUGGAGCCAGAGUGGUGACGAACAGAUCUCAGAAUGACCAGUAUAAUAUAUUAUUAUAAUUAAAUAUAUAAUAUUAUUAUAGUGUGCUAAUAUUUUAUCAUUUUAACUGUGCAUAAUGUAAUAUUAGUUACAUUUAGUUUUAACAUAAAAAUAAAUAUGAGUUAGUCUGUACGAAUUUAUAAUUUAAAUAUAAAGUAUGUAACUAUUAAUGUAUUUAAUAUGAAGUCACACUUAUAUACGUAAAUAUUGCUUUUUUAGGAAAUCGUAUAUCGGCCUAUUGAUAAAUAACUACUUAUGUUGUAGUGUGCACUGGUCACUCCUUGUUAUACCGCUAUUUGUGGAUAAAUAUUCAUUCUGGCAACAUUCAUUCUGAUUGUUGCCAGUUCGACAUAUUUAUCUUAUGAGAGUUGACAUUUAAGUACAUAAUUUAAUAUAUAAAUUAAUUAAUGUUAGUAAGGAGGGUUUACUUAAUAAUUAUAUUGAGGAAUACGUUAUGAAUUGUUAAGAAAUGUUACAAAUAGUCGUAUAACAAGCAGUUCCCGCGAGUGCACACGUUAGGUUCCGCUUGCCUAAAUUCUAUCGAUAAUUUCUAGUUUAUUUGUUAAGGUGCAAACACGUAUUUUUGUGCCAUAAUAGCGGGUUGAAGGAUGGCAUUGAACACUUAGAUUUAUAGAGAAAAAAAAAGAAAAUAAAAACUGUCCCAUAUCUUAUUGAAAAAUGUGUUCAAAAAAGUUUUUUAGAAGUUGUACCUACAUACACGAGUAACGUUAGUGUCUGUAUAUAGUAGUAAUUAUUUUAAUAUUAACUGAAACACUUGGGAUGUUAUGUAUUGUAACAUUUUUACCCGUUUAUAUUGAUAGUGCGAGCCACGAAUUUUUAUAUGUAAGUGCUCACAUAUUUGUAGAUUUAUUUGUGAGUUGAUCAUUUAUAUAUUGAAGCUUUGUUGAUUGUGAGGAACAGUCGAUAGUCCGGAGUGGAAAUAUGUGAGCAUUAUGUAUCUGUGCGACUCAGUGGUGCCGGCUGCCGUCAUAGUUCAACGUGAGAUUAUAAUACAGUAACAUGGAUGUUUUAUUUAUUCAAUUUUAUUUUUUUACACACAAAUUCAUUGCUAUUUUACCCACGUGGGUAUAUUUCUUCUAAACUAUGAUUGCAGCUCGGCCGAGUAUGAUUCGUUGUCCUUGUGGUUGAUUGUGGUCUAUGUUAAACAUAUAGAUGAUAAUAUCAUUCAGUUUAGAUUCCUUUAUAAAAAAACAACGUUAUUACAUUGGUUAAACAUUCCUCUGCCAUCGACACGUGUAACAAAUAUAUUUUUUUUUGUGUAUUUUUGCUAAACAAUAUAUGAACACAGUUUUAUCAGUGGUCUCGCUACUUGCAGUAUAUUUAUUUAGAAAUAUGUUUUAGUAUAGUUUUAUCUUAAAGUUUAGCCGAGUAGCGAGACCGGCAGUAUUUUCAGACAUUGUGACUGUCAACGGAACCGUAUUUUUAUGUACUUUAUUAUUGUUUUAAUGUAAAGGAGCGAUGUACUUUUAGUAUUUAGAUUUCCGCGACAGUGUUGAGACUAAUUACUAUGAACAAAGAAAUAGGUCUACUUUGGGACACAUUACUUCAUUGGCGUUGUACGACUUUUCAGGACAAUACUCUGUUCAUGUGAUGUGUCUCUGAGUAGUCGCAGAGUGUAUGUUAUGUAGAAAGUGUCCUAUCGAUAACAUUUAUUUGAUGUCAAUAGUCCAUAGCGCUGUACGGUACUAUAUACAGGUAAGCACUAGUUCUUCUUACAAAUACAUAUAUCAGGUUCUGUAGAGGCCUUACCACAAAGAAAUAUAUUUUGAACAAUUGUUGGACACUUUCACUGUAACACCGGUACAGAGUUUUAAAGUUUUUAUUUUUUGAAAUGCAUAAUUUGAUACAGACAUAAUAAUCGUAACUUUCACAAAGAGGUGCAUAGAUUUAUUUGCCAUUAGUUGCCAUCUUAUAUUGUUUGAUAGUAUUUAUUGUUUUCUGUGAUAAAAAAGUAAAGAAAAACCUUUUAUUUUUCGAAGAUGACAAAAUGAAGUACUUUGUAUUAUUAUUUUUUUAUUUUUAUUUAAUAUAGAUCCUUCAAAUGUGUCGUUGCAAAUAGUAUAUGUAUAAAGGUUAAAAUACAGAAUAGUUGACUUGCAUUGUUGUAUGUACGUAAGUGUAAGUAGUACGAUACAUUUGAAGCAACUAUUGUAAUUAUACUUUUUAUAAUAUUGAUUAACAACAUUAAUUUUAUAAUAACUUCGAGCGGGUGCAAGUUUGGGAGCCGAUGUAAUUAUUUCAAUCUCGUCGCGAGUGGAUUUUGAGUGGAAAGUAGUCUGAAAAAAUAUUUAUUCAUAUCUGUGUAUGUAGUUACGUGCAUAAAAUAAAAUAAAAAUGUAGUAAGACACUUAUUUCGAUUCGAAAUUCACCGAGUUAAGUAUCGUCCAUCGUCAGGGCAAUUUUCAAAAGGCGAAGUCAAAAGGUUCUUGAUCCCGAGUUCGCGUGUAUACGAAAUCGCAUCUCUUGCUAAACUUGUACAAAUAGUACCUACAUACGUACCCAGAGACAAGCGAACACUGUGCCCUGCCUCCCGACUGCACCCGCUCGCAAUAAGUAUUUUACGUUAUUUCGGUUACUCACUCCGCCUAUAAAUGAUAUUAACGCGGCGAUAUGGAAAAUUAACUAUUUUAUUGUAAUCACGUUAGCCGUUAAUUUAAGAGUAGGAUGUUCUACCUCUAAACAAAUCAUAGUUGAUGUACAAUAUUAUAAACUUUUAACAGAA